GGCAAGACAAGUGAAGUUGUCCCUCAUCUGCUUUCUAAAACAUCACAUUCCUGUCAAACUGUGUCCCGUUGCACGAUCUUCCCUCUGCCAGUCGCUCGUUCGACGGAAUCGGGAGCGCGCGUGAAGUGUUCGGGCAUCAAAGAAAUAAGGCCGCUCUGCCACUAGUGAUUGUCAGCCAGCGACGCUUGACGCCUCAGGCCGGAUAAUCCCCGCCGCCUCGUCGACUACUUCGUCACUCUCCACAGGCUUCGUCUGCGCUUGACCCUACAAACCCUUCCAUCUGCACCCAACAACAACAACCACUCCCACUCCCACUUGCGCACCACCAGACACCACAGCGACGUCACACAUACACACGCGACCCUCGCCGUUGCUUCCACCACAUCUCCCAACAUGGCUCUGAAGCGCAUAAACAAGGAGCUGACGGAUCUCGGACGUGAUCCUCCCUCAUCGUGCAGCGCUGGACCGAUCGGUGAUGACUUGUUCCACUGGCAAGCGACCAUCAUGGGCCCGGGCGACUCACCAUAUUCCGGCGGCGUCUUCUUCCUCGCGAUCCACUUCCCGACAGACUACCCGUUCAAGCCUCCAAAGGUCAACUUCACCACCCGCAUCUACCACCCCAACAUCAACAGCAACGGCAGCAUCUGCUUGGACAUUUUGAGAGAUCAGUGGAGCCCUGCCCUCACCAUAAGCAAAGUGCUCCUCUCUAUCUGCUCGAUGCUCACGGACCCGAACCCAGACGACCCACUGGUGCCUGAAAUCGCACAUGUCUACAAGACCGACACGUCCCGAUACGAGGCCACCGCGCGUGAGUGGACCAGGAAGUACGCCAUUUAGAGAGCAGCAGAGCGGCACAGACGGUGGACGUUAUCAACGACGGACGAGAAACCCCUGAGAUGGCAUGAAAUAUCUCGAGGUGGCAUGAGUGGCUGCUUGACCGGCCGUCUCGCAACGGUCAUGCCUGACAGCUCUUGCGGGGCGGGCUCACUGCCUCGCCAAGGGGCAUUGCGAACAGGACAUGACAUCGGGCGGGAUUAGUUUAGGCGGCAUUAUGCUAUACGGCAAUGGCAGAGUGCUUUGACGACGAGUUGCAUUGAAUGUCUUCAGGGACUUGAGUUUUCAUACAUGGAUCGUGCGUUGUGGAGCUGUUAGUGCUAUUUUUUCUGAAAUUUUGGGGACCUUCUUUUGAAACAUGAUUUGUCGUCAGUAUGUUAACAACAUCUCCUCGCAUACAUUGGUAGUCUUCUAGAGUGAGUGAGUGAGUGAGUGAGUCAGUGAGGCAGCAUGACGUUCAACGAUAGGAGGUCACGUAGGUAGGUAAUGAA